UUCGAGCAUCUUGGCAUCUGGAUCAGGAACACGCGGCAGCGGCAAUUUCACUAAUGCCCAGCUCACCAAUCAGACAUACAGCUGUGGCUUUUCCAUCGUUGGCCAUCCCGGCAUAGGGAGCGGGGAUCAAAUUGCAUGAGACGCGGGGCAGUGCUUUGAGCUUAGACCUGCGAGCCAAGCACAGACACAGGCACAGGCACAGGGUUCUUUUCUCGCCAGCAAUUGUCCAGUCUCUUUUUCCUCAGCCCGCCGGAGUUCGAGGUGCCACCAGCCCGCCAUGUCGUCGGCAAAGGCCACCAAGAAGAGCGCGUUCUCCUGCGAGCCGUGUCGCAGGCGCAAGGUCAAGUGCGGCGGCGAACAGCCCAUGUGCCAACGCUGCGCUGCUCGUAACGAUGAAUGCGUGUAUAAACUGAACCCGACGUUGUCGUAUACGCAGAGACUGGAAGACCGAAUUAAGGAUCUGGAGGAACAGCUUGCAAAGGCGACGGCAGCAACACCACCGGCGGCGGCCAGCAACAGCAAAUCUCCCGCGUCAAGUCACUCAAGUCCUUCGGCUCAGCAAGACCCCCGGCAGCAAAUCGACGACAGCAUAGCCCGAAGUUUCCGAGGCCUCAAGAUAGACGACAAAGGCGGCAUCACCUACCAUGGGACGACCAGCUUCUUCAACCUCCCCAGUGAUCACAGCUCUGCCGCCGUGGCUGUCGACUUACACGCCUCGGCUACCGAAGUCGAAACCCAACGGAGAGAGCGCCUUGUCUCAAACGCAUGGCAGCAACGUGUCUUGGAGGAGCAUUCUGGAAUUCCCGAACCGUUCCAAACACUUCUCAAUGUCCACUGGUGCUGGAUACAACCCCUCUUCAACUUCAUCUACCGACCUGCUUUUACUCGCGAUAUGCAAUCCCUGGGUCCAUAUUACUCCCAUACGCUCCUCAACGCUGUUCUCUCGCAUUCAAUCCGAUGGGCAAAGAGCGAUCCAAAUACAAAGCGCAUUCUAGAUGAGUCGUACGACGGAGGUGCUGUGUUUGGUAAGCACGCACGCAGCAUGCUGUUUGACGAACUGAGCAGGGGUGUUUGCACGAUCCCGACUGUCCAAACCCUGUUGCUCUUAAGCGCGCAAGAGUGUAGUCUUGGAAACACAACCCAAGCUUGGACAUACAGCGGCCUGGCAUUCCGGCUGAUAGACCACCUGGGAAUACAUGUCGACGGAGAACGGUAUCCUGGCUCGGUCCAUUUCAGCGACGAAGAAGUGGAAAUCCGACAUCGAGUCUUUUGGUCGUGCUAUUUCUGGGACAAAAUCAUCAGUCUCUAUCUCGGUCGCUCACCAUCGUUAAAGCACACUACCGUAUCUCCGCCUCAGAUCAUGUUCGAUGACUCUGCUGAGAACGAGCUGUGGGUUCCGUUUGGCGCACCUCCACUUCAAACUGCACCUUGGAAGUAUCCACCAUCCACUGCUCACUCAGCCUCGUGCUUCCUGAGCAUGUGUCGGCUAUCAGUCAUCUUCAACGAGAUCUUGAUUCACAUGUACGACCCACUCAUGCAGAAUACGGAAUCCGAAGUGCAGGAGUGCUUGACUGCCCAGGAGCCGGCUCUGCAGCAGUGGUGGGACGAGCUGGCCCCGUAUCUGAAGCUGGAGCCCAUGGCCUUGCCCAACCUGGCCCCACCAUCUCAUAUUGUCACCACAAAUUGUCUCUAUCAUACGUUUAAGAUCCUUCUUUACCGUCCGAUGCUCACUCGCAGAAAACUGGAAGAUGACGUUGCGUCACAUAAGCGCUGCCUUGUCGAAUGUGUAACCUCCGCCACCGCCAUCAUAGCCAUCUUUGAUCUUUUUUGCCGAACGUUCACGAUGAAUUACUGUGUACUGUCGCUGGCGUACAGUGUCUACAUUGCUUCAUCAAUAUUCUUACUUCAGGUCCAGGCUGCCCCAGAUGAUGGGCAAGCCCUUGAGCGCCUGAAUUACUGUAUCGAAGCUUUGAAGCAAGUCAGGACGUUUAGCCCUGUCAUCGGCAGCGCCAUAAACCUAUUGAACAAGGAGCUUUCAGCGGUCGGUAUCUCGUUGGAUGUGCAAGACCACUACCAACCACCCCCACCUCCUGCUGCCGCCGAAUUUCCUCAAGGAAGUCCAGUGUAUCAGGCUACCGAGGUGCCCUCUUCGCAACCGCAGGCUGUUCAUCCACUAUUUCAUGUUCCUUCAACUCACAGCUACGGCACCCAUACCAUGUCCAUGGAUCCAGGAAUCUUUGAGGCAAUGUCAUCUUUAGAGCCACUCAGCGUCAGAGUCGGUGCUCUUCCUAACACCGAUCCGCAAAAUCCAUUCUAGCCACCCUCAUUCGCCGGGUCUACGGGCCUGUCGUCUUAUCCUCGUCCUAGGAGAAACACCUUCGGAAAGUAGUCGAACCGAUUAAAAUAAUAAGCUUUUAUCGUAGCUCGACAUAAAACAAGAGCUAGACCGUGCCACUGUAGACGGCCACGGCUGCUCAGCCCAUAUCUUAGGGGAUAGCUUGGUAUGAUCUUCGUCAUGUGUCCAUGGCGUCUAUCUCGUACGCGGCCUCGUCCGGGGCGUCGGUUCGAACGUCGAGCUGAUGUCUCAUUAUAGGACUGUAGCCGUUAGACAGAAGAAAAAAACAAAAACAAUAUUCAUCACACAUUCGCAGCUCUGUUGUCCACGUGGCCUAGUUCGGAUCACAGCCCCGUCCUUAUCGUGUGCCAGUGGAAGCUUCGUAUCGCAUAUUGAAGUGCUUCAAAGGGAGGUGAGUGGAAGAGAGAUUUACCUUGUGAUCAGAGGCUCUUACUUAGGUAUAUAUAUAUAUCGAAUCCAG